AUGCUUCGCCAGAGCUUGGGCCUCGUGGCUCUGGGGCCCACGGCCACGCCUGGCCGCGUCGGAGGGCACCAGGCGGGGAAGGCCGCAUCCCCCCCCCAGAGCAGCAAGCGCUGUGCUGAGGAUUCGCACGGCUCAGUCCCCCGGUCCCCCGCUGCCGCCUACCGUGAACCCCGGCUCAGCCGCCUCUGCCCAGGGGAAGGCCCAGGCCCUGAGGUAGCCGCCAGCCACCUGGAAGACGCCCUCCACAUGAUCCACGGCAGUGUGGCAGGCAGAAGUGCCUCUCCGUCUCAGGCCGGCCGGCCCCGGGCCCCGAGCCGACCGCACAGCAGCUCUCCAGGAGACAAAGAGGAGCCACACCCGGUGGAGACGUGGAGUGAGAAAGCAGCUGUGCUCAGCAGAGAGAACCAAACUGCCGCAAGGCAGGAGAACGACGAACUCGCCCAAGUCUGGAACAGGGCGCAGUUUCUGUGCUAUCGAGGAACUGGCUACAUCUUCCUGGGCCACCGGGCCGUGACUGGCCUCCGGAUGGGCCGGGGCUGCAGUUUCCAGGAGCGCGAGGAUGCUCUGCUGCAGGCGCAGCGCCGCGACGAGGCCGAGCGGGCGCUGCGCGAGGCGCGCCGGGACGCGGACCGCGCCGCCCUAGCGCGCCUCGACCUGGAGAAGCGGGUGGAGGCGCUGCUGGACGAGAUCGCCUUCCUGCGCCAGGUCCACGACGAGGAGGUGGCCGAGCUGCGCGCCGAGCUGCGGGAGGCGCAGGUCUCCGUGGAGAUCGACGUCAGCAAGCCCGACCUCACCGCUGCCCUGAAGGAAAUCCGCACGCAGUACGAGGUGCUCUCCGCCCGCAACCAGCAGUCGGCCGAGGAGUGGUACAAAUCCAAGUUCGCCAACUUCACGGAGGAGGCGGCCCGCAGCAGCGACAGCAUCCGCCAGGCCAAGGAGGAGAUCUCCGAGUAUCGCCGGCAGCUGCAGGCCAAGGCCAUCGAGAUCGAGGCCCUGCGCAGCACCAGCGAGUCCCUGGAGAGGCAGCUGCAGGAGGCAGAGGAGCGGAGCCGCGAGGAGAUCCAGAGCCUGCAGGAGACGAUCAGCCAGCUAGAAAGCGCCCUGCGGACGACCAAGGGGGAGAUGGCCCGCCACCUGCGCGAGUACCAGGACCUGCUGAACGUGAAGAUGGCGCUGGACAUCGAGAUAGCGGCGUACAGAAAGUUGCUCGAAGGAGAAGAGACCCGCCUGGGCACAGUGAGCAGCGGCCUGACUCUUGGCCUCAGCUACCCCUUCUCCUCCAGCCCCCUCUCCGGCUUCAAGGGCUUCUCGGCGGCCACGGUGACCCUCGGGAAGGGUGAGAAGGGGGAGCCACGGCAGGACGGCGCCAAGGACUCGGUGGAUUUGCGGGCGGCCAGCGAGGACGAGUCUGGGGAUGAGAAGCCGACCCCAGCCGUCCCCAAAAACUAAUCCUGCCCAGAGCCUCCUGCCUUCUGGGCGUUCCCUGCCAGGAAGAUCGGCUGCUGUCGGCCAGCCUUCCCCACCCUGGCAGUGUGCUGGAUUACAAAUCCCAUCGCCCCUACCCUGGCCAGGGAGGGUGGGAGCCAUUGUCUAGCACGGCUGCGGGAACCACGUGUAGGCUUCUCAGGCAGGGGGUGGUCUCGGGAGACCCCCCCCCCCGAAUUCAGCCGCUGGGCACGCUUGCCCCGGCUCCUGUGUACCUGAUUCCCGUGCCUGCACGUGCUGAGCGGGGCUGUUGCCGGUGAACCUGUGGGGGGCAGUGCCCCUGCCUGAGAACCCUUCACGUGAAAUGCGGCCCGUCACGCACUCCAGGCCCUGGGGCCCCGUCCUCUGCCCCGGCCCGGUUUUCCCCUCUAGUCCCUCGUCUUGUCCAGACGGGAACCGGAGGCUUUGCCUCACUGGGUGGUGACCUCAAGCCCCGUCCUCGGAGACGGAAAGGCACGUAAUGUGCUGAGCUUACUUGUUCCCGGAGUGCUGAGCCUCGGGUUUUUCCCUGUCCCGAAUUUGUGACUUUAAAGUGCGAGGCAUGCGCGGCAGGCGGUGGGCCCAGAUGGAGGCGGGGGCUCUGGGGCUUCCGGCAGCAGCCUGGCCGCCCCUCCUUGCCUCCACAGGGCUUCCAGCACCCCGGAAAAGCUGUCCAUGUGUCGGGGACCCUGUGGAACGCGGGGGGGGGGGGGGGACAGAGCCGCAGGGCAUGGGAUUCCUGAA